CCACCUGAAAUCCUGUCCAGCUGAAGUCUGUAAAUGCCGUGGAGCAUGCCAGUUUAUUCACUCCUGGUUAUUGGUUUCAGACUAGUGCAUUCUGGCCAUCCAGGAUAUGAUUGUAAAUAGAAGCAGUACAUGGUUGGACUGCCGCUUGGUGCAGUAUUAAGGAAGUGUGGAGGUGUAUUCUCAAGACAUUCUCCCUGUUAUUGUGCAGAUCGAAUUCUCCACUAUAGCACAGAGAAUAGUAGAGAUAAGAAUUCACUGUUCUGUUGUGUGUACACCGUCCCGGUAGGCUGGCUGACUCUGGGAGUGUAUACGUUUCGGAUUCCAUUGUAUUCUUAAAUGAUGUGUGGUAUGUAGACUUGAAUUUCUCAUAGCUUGAUCAUGAAAUGGUUUUUAAAUGUGUACCCAUGUGCUUUCCCAAUGUUUGUGGGUAUACGAUAGGUCCAACACAUGGACCAACUCUCUUCAGAAGAAAGGUUCUUAAUUUCUAAAAGUCCUUUCAUCAAUUCUCAACUAUUGCUAAGAUGCACAAUUGACUUUUACAUUGUCUUUGUGUCACUGGUUAUUGUGAAAGCAGGCUUUUAAUGUUUUGUUGAAUUCUUUGAUUGCAGAAACUUACCUAAAACCUGUCUUUGCAAAGGUGACACAAGUAGAUACCAGAAAGUACUAUAGAUUUUAGCAACCUAAUCACUUUGAUUUUAGGGUAAAUGUUGCUUCAGGGCUUACAUUGAUGCAAGUUGAAUGAAGUUAAAAGUAAGAAGUUUUACGUUAAUGACCCAACAGAUACCCAAAGAUUUGAGUGAAUGAUAAAUUGUUGGUGGCUUUGCAAAAUGUAGCCCCAAGUUAGACUUUGCCGUGAAACAAUUCAUCCGUUGGAGUUACAUGGUCUCAGAGAUACAUUUUUUUUCUGUUUCAUGUACAUAAAAUGUAUCAACCACUGUAUAUAGGUCCGUUAGUCUGCAUUGUACAUGUACAGAGGAAUCCCUUUGUUAAUUUAUACUUGUUCUGAAUACAACCACAUUUUCAGAUAGAGAAUUGAGUCAGUGCUGGAAGGUUGAUUUGUAGCUCACAGUAAUUGCAUUACCCAAAUGUUUUGCAGCUGUUUCCACUUCCAGAGUUUCCAUGGUAACAGGCAAUGAUUACUCGAGCAUUAGACACUGAGUCAUCAGUUGAAAAGCCAUUGAACUUGAUAAACAUUUUCAUAUUUUUUUAUUUCUUAUCAACUCAUGGUUUAAAGCUUCCAAAAAUGUCCUCACUGACCUCAACUGCAGUGAGUAUUCAUUGUGGAUUUUAUGUGCACGUACUGCAAAAAGAAUUCAAAAGUGACUGCAGAAGUAAAUUGUAAUAUGGGAGAUGUGGAGUUUGUGUAAAGAAAGUUCAAAACUUAUCGGUUCCAGCCACAUUCAUUCCAAACAGUUUGGCAUUUUAAACAGUUUACAAGCAGUAGAAAGUCUGUAACCAUUUAAAUUGGCUGUAAUUCAGCACUCUGUUGUGUCAAAAUGGGUAAAACGUUAGUAAAACAAUGAGAAGUGAAAAGAAAUAUAACCCAUAUUUGAUUUGAACUUGUGGUGUUUAUGUUUCAUAUAAAGUUAUAGAAUGCCAACGAAAAAAGGUUGUUCAUUACAGUACUUACUAGUUGUAAUUAUGAUUAGCCUUAUAGUUGUUUAUAAUGCACUUGGCUUCUUAUUUACAAACACGUGUGUUGGCAUCAUUUACAUGCACGUCGUGCACAUUGUAAACUGGGGGUGCGACUGACAAUAUUAUUUUCGAUUGCCCUUUUCUGUUUGUCGGAACAAUUAAAAAUAACGCAUUCCUGUCACAUAUAAUUUAAUUAUUCGAUUAUUCUUUGUGAGUUGAAAUAGGGAAAGAUAUUUUUAGGCGCUCCGGGGUAUUUGCAGGAAUUUUGCCCCGCCCCCGUCUCGUGUGAAACGCUAAAUGUGAGCAACGCCACCUCGUGACGUGAUACCAUCUACAAGUUGGAAAAAUUUGACUCUAGCAGCAUGAUGUUGCUGGUACUCGUUUGUUUUAUGAAUUGUACUGGUGCGAACCAGCGUAGACCGGAAGGAACAAUUGAGAUACGCUACGUACAGAUGGUGUAAUUUAUCCUGAACACGGACAACAGCGGAGGGCUAGGGGAAGACAUACAAUUUCAGAAAUCAUAGGAAGGCUUUAGAAGCGGGCCAAGUAAGAAAAAAAAAAGAAGAGUGACUGGUUAUGUACCGUGGCUGGCUGUGCCGAGACAAGGUGCAUGCGAGAGUGAGUGACGUGAGCACGGUCAAUUCCUUCUCAUUACUGCGGCGUGUCAUCACGGCCGAGCUGACUCAGUCUAGCAUAAGGAGCAUCGAAGGGUGUUGGUUUGAGCCGGUCACUACGUGCAGGACGACCAGGGGAAGAGAGAGAGAAAGAAAGAAGAAAAAAAAAGGGGCUGUGGCCAGUGACGUCUGGGUACACAUUGUGAGGAACAAUCUUUGUCCUUGGAAAAGCAGUCUUUGCUGAACUUUCAAGAUGGCUGGGACCUUGAGAAUUUCAAGAUAUGAUGACCAUCAGAUUCAACAGAUACACAAAAUGAGUACCAAGCAGGCAAUGACAUCCCUAAUCAACCCAUCCUAUGACAGCAACGCCAUAUCACCUUCAGAUCAAGUCAAUGCAAACACUACCACCACCACCACCACUGACCACUCCUUGUCUAACAAGCUUAGCGAUGCCCUGGAGAAUGACCUCAAAGCCCUGAACCGCAAACAGGAGGAGCCUUCCACCAAAGACUCCAACUUCACCUUUGAGUUUGACAGCAACGGCGGCGGCUCCAAGCGUAACUCGGGCUCGGGCAAGAGCCGGACCAAGUACGCCUCCACAGACCUGUCGGAGAUGGGUAUUGGUAACCCCUUGGAAGCGCUGGUGGACAGCGACGGGGAGAUGGACGAGCGGCUGACCGUUGCUGACGACAACAUCCUGCGGGAGAGGAACAAGAAAAAAGCCGAGGCCAUGUUUGCCGACAUCGACUUCAUUGACGAUGGAGAGGAGGAUGACUACGAGGAUGAGGAUGAGGAUGAGGAUGAAGAGGAAGAAGAUGAGCAGGAGAUGAAGAAUGAGGAUGAAGUUGCCAAAGACAAUGGACGUGAAAAGGACACAAAACGAAUGAAGAUCACGGACAAACACGAGGACAUUGAGGACCGGGAAGAACCUAAGGACCCAGAUGCAGACAUUGUCUCACCGGAUGAAGAGGUCCGCGCAUCCCAGUUGGGCGGCUUUCUCCGCUACUACGCAAACCUGGAAUCGAUCACCAAAGGCCGCAUGGAGAACCCGGACGAUGAGAUCACCUCCAUUAACGGCAGCAUCAGCGACUCAGAUGAUGACAGUGAGAUCAGAGAAGGAUUGUAUGAACCCCCACAGCAUGCCACCCCUUACGACUCGGGACCAUCGACCAUGGAUGACGACAGCACUGACUGCGAAUCCACCUAUGAAAUGCUGUACAACAGUUUUGGACUGCGAGUGCAGGAGGAGGGCAUUGCCAAAGAACUCCUCUCCCCAUCAAAUGGACAGCAUGACCAUGGCUAUGUUAGCGAGACCUCGGUGGAUGACAAAGCCUCCCCCAUCAAACGGCCUGGCAUGCUCCUCCGCGAAGGCAGUAAACCUUCCCUCAGCACGCUGAUCGAGGACUCCAGGAGCGGAGACAAAACCAGCCAGCAAGAUGAGGCCGAAUCAGGAGUUGAGAUAACCCCAGAGCCCAAGACCAACAAAGACCCACUGAAGAAGAGCACCUUACAGAAGCCCACAUCUUUGCCACCAGGGUGGAAGGAAGUAGCUGACAUGAGAGGGACCUACUACUGGCAUGUCCCUAGUGGCACUACACAGUGGAACCCUCCAUCACCCGUGUCCAGUGGGGAAUCAUCUACAAGUCCACCAAGAAAACCUGCACGAUCGCUGGAAAGAUUGAACACAGAAUCAGAGGGCCAAGAUGGCAGCGAUGGAGAUCACAGCCUGAAGGAUUUCCAGCAGUCCACGAUACGCUACGCCAACCUGAAGCUGGGACCUAACUCGGGCAAAGACCCUGAACCACCUGCAUCAAAGGAAAAGAGUCCUCGGGGUAUCCGCUUCCAUGUGCGUUCCCUGGGAUGGGUGGAGAUGGAGGACUCAGACCUAUCACCAGGAAAGAGCAGCCUGGCUGUCAACAACUGCAUCCGGCAACUGUCCUACCGAAAGAAUGACAUCCGAGACACUGCUGGCAUAUGGGGAGAGGGCAAAGACAUGUACAUGGUUUUGGAGGAUGAAUAUCUGAAGCUGACAGAUCCCAACGACGGCACGAUACUGAACUCCCAGCAUGUGUGUAGCAUCCGUGUGUGGGGAGUGGGUCGUGAUAAUGGAAGAGAAAGGGACUUCGCAUAUGUAGCCCGAGACAAGGUUACCAAGCGCUACAAAUGCCAUGUGUUCCGCUGCGACAUUCCCGCCAAGGCCAUUGCCAAUGCCUUGCAUGAGAUCUGCGCCCGGGUCAUGAGUGAGCGGCAAAAGGGCCACACCAUCUCUAUGGUAACACAGGGUCAAAUGAUCCAGCAGCAGCAACAGCAGCAGCUUAUGCAAAUGAGGAGCAUCUCACUGGACAGCAGCAAGGAAGGCAUUCCUACAAGUGUUGAUUUCCCCACUCCAAAGGCAGAGCCUAUCACAGUAUUCCGAGCUCACUAUGUUGGCUCAACAAUGGUGGAAAAGCAUGGAGGCAUGGACAUUCUGAAUAAUGCCAUCAACCAAGUGUGCGGGGAGAUACCAGAAGACCAGUGGUCACCCUCAAGAAUUGAAGUUGCUGUAUCCACAGUCACAGUCACCAACAUCAAGACCAAAGAAAUAAUCACAGAAAGCAGAAUACGAUUCCUAUCAUUCCUUGGCAUUGGAAAUGACAUCAGGCAAUUUGCAUACAUCAUGUGCGUCGGCAAGCAGAAGUUUCAGUGCCAUGUCUUCCACUGUGAACAUUCUGCAGGAGGUCUGGCCAAGUCAAUUGAGGCUGCUUGCAAGCUGAGAUACCAGAAGUGCCUGGAUAACCAACCAAAGGGUCAGCACCUGAUGUCUGAGAAUUCUGUGGAUGGAAGGACCUGGGGAUGUGCCCUGAAGAACGGCAUGCAGAACCUCUUCAGCAAAUUCAGCCGGCGGAGCCAAAAAGAAGCCCCCAUCAGUGCAGUAUAAAGGUCAGCGGUUACACAGGUCAUGAGACAGGUCAAGCCUGCUUGCAUACUCAGCACUGACAGCAAGAGCUGACCUGAUGUUUAUCACUUUGGAGGGUUGAGGAACUUCUGUGGAAAAAGUACCUGAAUUUUAAGUCAUGACUCAUAGACUUUUAAAAGUUCUCAGUAUUCUGACAUUGAAAAAAGCUUCGCUCAGAUACUAAAGAAAAUGUAGGGUAUCAUUACACUACAGACAUCUUGUUAACUGUGUUAUGUAUGCAAACAAAAAAAAAACUGCUAAAAAUGUUACUUAACUAAGGAUGGUGCAUAAUACGCUGUUCACGUGUGCUGAUCCUAUAUGAUUAACAAGUUGUGUCUGUAUGUAUGUGCGUUCGUCUUUGAAGGAUGAUGGCUAUUUAUUUAUUGAGAAAAAUUGUGUUUGAGAAUUGCUGUUAUGUAUGUAUGAGUGUACAUAAGGACUGCACAUUGAAGCAACUCAAGCACUGUUGAUAAUGGGGUAAGGGGAAUGUCGUAUCCAGAAUUGCCAACUUUUGUCCAAGCAGAAGUCAGUGUUUUCUGAAACCAAACGCUUGUGCAAUACAUGAAAUAUGUCAAUUGUGACAGACUUGUGAGAAUCUCAUCUUGUGUGACCUGCUUUACUGUUACAUUUGUGAUCUGUGAGAGGAAAAAUAUUCGAAAAAUUGGUCCACUCUUAAGAUUGAAGUUUUGUUCUAAACAGGACUAUAAUCCGUUCACGGUAUUCAAGGUUGUAUAUGUAUUCUUAAUUUAUGCAGGAUUUUAUGCAGGACUUACAAAAAAUAGUCCAACCAAAAACACCUGUCAGAGUUGAUGAUGUAUUCACAAAAGGCUCGUUAGUAAAUAAUUAAUGCCCUUAUGCCAAGUCUCAUUGUAAAAUAUGUAUACAUGCACUGAAUGUGAACAUAAAUGAAGGCAAAUAAUUGUGGGCAAAUGAUAUCUCAUACAUGUACAUGUAUUAUAACUUCAGAUAUUCAGUAAAAUUCACCCAAGAAGGAUAUCCAUGAAAAAGUAUUCUAAAGUACAUGUAUUCAGUUAGCCCAUGAUGGUACAGGAAUACCUGUAAAACACUCAAGAAUACAGCUGUUCUGGUUUUUUGGUUAUCAAUCAGCUGGCAUUGUCAAAUAUAAUUUAACAAAUAUCUGGAUCUGAAUUGGGUCCAUAUUUCUUGUAUGAAAACAAUGUAUAGGCAUUGUGCAGAGGCAGUGUGGUUUGAGUGUGUGCCUGUGAUCGCUAUGAACCAUGGUCAGCACCAUCUUGAAAUUCCCGUAAUUAUGAUAAAAUCAAGCAGCCUAAAAGCCUCAACUACUGUAGUAAGCUUUGUGGUCCUUGAUUAGUGGUUAAAAAUAGAAUACUAAAUGCACAAAAAACAAAUUCAAAAGAAGUCUGUGAUAGUGUAGUAAAUAUGUAGAACAAAUCUGGCAAACGGUGUAGUGUAUAUAAAUAUUAAAAUGUCACACAGUCAGUAACAAGUAGAAUUACUUCCUUUCUUAGAAUUUGUCUUGCGGUAUGUUUUGAAAAUAAUUUAUUGAUGAGAUGGCAAUCGUGAGCUUUCAUGCACUGUUGUGAUGGGUCAGGGAGAUGUCAAAGGUCACUGGCCUGCAGAUUUAGAUCAGGUAAAAAUUGAGAUUUAUCUGUCUGCUGUUAUGGUGGACAAAUUGGUUGCAGAUUUGUGUCCAGUAUGACCACGUUUGCCCUGCAUAGAGUCAUCUGCAUCCACAGACACAUUUGGUGGAAGAUGUUUUAGCCUGAAGGGGAAACAAUGUCAUCAAUCUAAAUCUGUCAGUCGAAGACUGUACAGGAAUUGGACAGGAGAAAACAUUCACAAGUCAAGUGUUUCACAUUCCGAAUUGUGUUUUAAAGACUGUGUGAAGGGACAGUUGAAAUAGUACAAGUACAUUGAAAUCUUCACUGUUUUAACAAAAGGAGUUAGUGUAACCUUGUACGUCACUAAAGCGUCCGCUGUUUUUACAAAGUGUCCUAUGUGAAGGAAUUUUUGUAUUUUUGUGGACUGUGGUACAGCAGAAACUUAGAAACAACUGGAAGAUGUAAUUUUUAAAAGAAGGAUUGGUGACUGCAUGUACUGAAAAACAUGAACUGAAAUUGGUCUUUGUAAGGAUAGAAAACUGUGAAAUUUUUUUUCUUUUUCUACCUUAAAUUUUGUUUUUAAAAUUAAUGUAUGUGCUGAAAAUAAUGCCAUUCCAAAUGAUAUUAGCACAGUUUAUCUGAAUUUACACGAUACAUGAAGGGAGUAGGGCAUAUCUUAUUAUUGUAGCUUAGUGACUCAUUCAGUCCAUAGUGUAGACAUGACUGUAGCGUGUUUUCCUAAGUGUAGGUAGUAUGAAAUGAUAGCACAAAAGACACUGCACCAUUUCAAUGAUGUUAGCAAGUAGGAUGUAUUUUCAAACCAAGUUACUACGUACAAAAUAAUUAAAGUGUUAGGGAUGAGACUUCUGGGCAUUUCUUUGUCUCAACGGUAAUGCGUGUCCAGUGUUGAUGAGACCAUGCUUUGUGCACGUUGUGCCCUCUAGAGACAGGUAUAUGUACAGUGAUUGCUCGGGGAUAAUACUUUCCUGGUAAACGUUGUGAUUCUGAAUGGUGCAUGAGCACCAGCUAAAUAUUGCCCUGCAUUACUCGGUUAGCGCCCUCCCAUGAGUGUGCACAAGUUGGAUAGGUUUAAAGGAAAAUGAACAAUUUUCUCUUGCAAAUGUGGAAUCUUUGUUUGGUUUCGAUAUCCAUGUAUUUGUGAAAGUAUAAAAGAAUGGAUCUGCAAAACUUGUACUUAAAUUUAAAGUAAUGGUGAUAUUUAAAACGAUUUGCACAAGCAUAUAUGUAGCUACACAGUACACUGCAUUAAUAUAGUCCAAGAACUCAGUGCAGAUAUAUGUGGUCAUUGUUAGUACUGGAGAUAUGAUGUGUUGAAUGUAGACCUAGAACAUAAUAUGAAGUAUAUCAUCGUAACUACAGAAUUUCUUGUACUUGUCAUGUGACUGCAACUUUUUGCCUCUCUUUCUUUGUGUAUUCUUGAUUAUAAAUUUGAAAUAAUGACUAUCAGCUGCAGUUCCUAAAAUUGGCAACAAUACGAUAUUUGCUUACAUAACUGGUCCAUUGCUGAUCCUGGCCUUAGUCAGAUUGUAGUUGUAGCGAUAGCCCUAAUUCAGAUACUACUGGCUCUUAGUUUAGUUGUAACCAUUUUAAUAUGGGUUUAAUGAUUUUCCUAAAAGUGGUCAGAACACUUUGAAGGAGAAAAAAGGCGAGUUUUGUGAACUUAUUGGAACCAAACUUUUUACGGCAUUCUAAAAAGCAAUGAUUUUGGUAAUGUUAUUGAUACGAGUGUUUUACUGGCAGAAUAUUCUUUUAUUGUACUUACAAAUUGGAGAAUUAUUUGAGAUAGAUAGAUGAAGAAGUUUACCUGUAAGGUGCAAUUUGUUGGCAAGGUCCAUCCUCACUAAUUCUUGUUUAUUUUUGUGUAGUUUUUAGUAAGAUAUGAUAUCUAUGAAGUGACAGAACUUGUGGAAAGAUGAAUGUCAUAUCUUCAGUACAUUUGUCAAUACAGUUACUUUUUUAUAUGAAUUUUUGCCAAAAACCUGACUUUUUUCCCUGUUUUUCUAGUUUUGUUUUGGCAUUUGUGUUUCACCCACCGUAGUUGGUAGUGUACAGCUAAAGUUGAUUUGAACUUAAAAUAUGGUAAAUCUGUGUCAUAUGAUCAUUAUUUUUGCACUGGUAUGGUAUUUUGUUUUGUCAUUACCUCCAUUGGAUUAUGUAUGAUACUUUUUAAAUUAUUGUAAAUUGUUUUUAUGUACCUCUGUAUAGCUUUAACCUUGCCGUUGGUUUUCACCAAAGCAUCAUGGGUAUUUUCUUAAGGAAGACUUUAGUGUUGAAGGGAUGUUUUAGAAAAUGGAGGCACUAUAGAAAGACAUCAUGAUGUUCCCUUGAAAUGCAUAAUUUCAAUGUUUUGGAGUACUGUCUUCUAAUGUGAUCCCUAAUGGGAUUUGCAUAAUUGAAUCAGGCAUUCUAAUAAUACAAUUUGCAUAAAUUUACAUUGGUGUACUGAUCCUCCAAAUGUCUACUGAUGAAGCCUUUUGCCACAGUCAUGAGUUUCUAAUCAUGUUAGUUGAAGGAUGCCUGGAUAUCUCAGUGAAAUUGCACUAAAGAGAUCUGUUUUGCAAUCAAAACGUUUGCAAAGGCAGAUUAGUGGUCCAUUUUUACAAUGGCAAAGGAAACGUAUGAAUUCUUCAUGCUAAAUUUUUUUCAUUAAAUUGCACUUAACCACAAGUGACCUCUCUCUCUAUAUAUUUUUCAUCCACCUUACCUGAUAGCGUUGAUAGCUUAGGUAGGUUAGCACACCUCAUGACAACAUCAGAUAAAUGUUUCAACAGCCAAUUGUAUAUGGUUAAUAGUUUGAUAUAUUAGAAGCAUUCAGAAGUAUUUAAAAAAUACCCAUGAUGCUUUGAAGUUGUUUGAAACUUAUCAGGUGGAGCAUGGAAAGUGUAGUUAGAUAUUUUGUUUAUCAUAGUUGCGAUUAUGAAAGAAGAUAUACAUAAUUAUUUUAUUUGUAUGUUUCAUUGAUGACUGAGGUUUUCAGAUUAUGUUUUGUCAUGGCAACCCACACUCCUUGAUAUAUUUGAUGCGUGUUUGUGUGUGAUUGAAAUUGUGCAGAGUAUGGUCUAUAAUUGUACAGAAUAAAACAAAUUAGUUGAUGCACUUCAUGGCUGAUUAUAUAAAGAGAAGUCAUCAUGAUAUGGUUAUUGAUAUCUUUAUUGAUGUUAUUGUAAUACUUUAUUGAUACUUUAUUGGUCUCAUUAUGAAGCGUUAUUGCUGUUAUGAUGAUACUUUGAUGCUAUAACUGUUAUAUUGUAAAAAGUAGAAAGCUUGCCAAUUUUAUUUUCUUACGGUAUUUUGUGUACACAUUUCACAACAGACUCUUUCAAAACCACCCUACUGCUUAGCUCUUUAUAGCUGUUUAUAUAAUGUGCAGGUUAAAGUCAGACACUUUGGGAUAAAAGAUUUCACGGUCCUAGAUUUUCUCACAAGCAUCUUGGAAACUCACUCAAGUUGGAAACUACUUUAAAUUUUUUUCCAGAGAGUUGAUGUGAGAACAUCGCGAUUCAAAUUUUGCUUGGAACACUUGCUUUGACUAUGUUUUGCCGUUUCUUAAUAACCCAACAGGAUAAUUAAAACAUAAAAAAUUGUCAAAAUGCAGCAAAACCCUUCACUUUUGCAAACAUUUCCAACCUUCUUGGACCCAGGCCUGCCUUAACAGUAGUUGUUGAACCCACUUCUAGUAAAAGUGAGGUUUCGUGUGGCAACAAAUGUAGGUGAGCAGUUCACACGUGGCAGGAUAUACUUGAUUUUUUUUAGGGGGGGGUAGAAUUCAAACAGAUGUUAUACAGUAAAAGACAUUAUGAUAGGUGAAUUACUCAUGUGAAAAUAAUUGUAAGUUCCCUUGUAAGCCUUAUGCUGUUACAUAACUGUGUGAUUUUUGCUUUGUGUCUAAAACAUAAGUAUCAUUUUGUUAAUUUAUGGGGAUUUUUUUCUGUCUCAGAAUAUUAUUUUUGUAUGAAACGAGAGUCUGUUGUGGAAAGAAAUUAUUGACAAAAAUCAGAUAUUUAUUUCAUAUGUAGGCACACUCAAUGGCUUUUGCCUUGCCAGUUUAAUCUUGCCCCAGAAGUAUGGAGAUAUUUUUUAUGUAGAGGUGGUUGAAUUCUACAAGGGAUUGAAAAAUCAAACAAACAACCCAGCAAAUAAACAAACAAAGAAAAGAAACCCUGAAAUAGGAAUUGAGUAUUGAAGGAACUAAUUAAUUCUGUCCUUGUUACAACAUUGGAACAUUGGUAAAUUGGAGAAAUGAUCUUCAUUUCUUACAGAACUAUACUGUGAAAUACACAAAAAAAGUUGAAAAUUGUGUAAAGGUCACCACACAAAUGGAACACUGACUGUAGUGUUAAAAGAGUAUAGUUAUUGGCAAGGCAAGAGUUAUUCUGUUGUUGCUUUUAUGCACUUUCGUGUCAAUAUGUGGAUAAAACGAGAUGUACUUCUGCUAAUAAAUGUUGCAACGCAUAAAUAAACUGAAGUAUUAUAGACCAUGUUAUUUCA